AUGAAGUUUACACUGCUUUGUUUGUUUUUGGCUAUCUCCUGUUGGCCCGGAGCCGCUACGGACGACACGCUGCCGGUCAAUACCACACGAGAACUCCAAGUCAAUUUCGAGCCCGGUGUCGAAUUCAACCAGCCUCAGUGUGUUGUAGAGAAUGGGUUCGACUACAGCGGUAACGAUAUCGGUAGUGCACAAGCCCCUACUCCUUGGGAUUGCUGCGUUCCCUGUUCCAACCGACCAGGAUGCAACGCGUACACGUGGACCGACUUCAACGACGGAACUUGUUGGUUCAAGAGUGGUCGUGGCACCAUCGUUGCAAGCUCCGCCGCGAGGUCGGCGGUCAUGAGCAAUGAGAUGGGAUGUCGACAGGAGCAGAAUAUUAACUAUGUGGGCAAUGACAUCAGUAGUGCGUCUGCGGCUCGAGCGACAGACUGCUGUACGGUGUGCAGCAAUACACCAGGAUGUCGUGCGUACACCUUCACCUCCUUCAAUGGCGGUACGUGCUGGCUGAAGAGUGCCAAGGGCCGGAUGGUGGUGCGUGCGGGCUCUACCUCGGGAUCUCCUUAUCUCGAAACUACGACUUGUGGUCUCGAGAAUGGCGUGGACUAUGUCGGCAAUGACAUUGGCAGUGCACGAUCCAGCACUGCCAGUGGCUGCUGCUCAAUCUGCAGGAAUUUUGGUGGCUGCCGUGCAUUUUCGUGGACCAACACAAACGGAGGCACUUGCUGGCUCAAGAACCGUAAAGAUGGUACUGUUCGCAGGGACGGAGUGAUUUCGGCUCAGUCUACUGCGAACCCGCCAGCUCCAAGUUGUGCCAUGGAGGAGAAUGUCGACUAUGAUGGUGCUACAAUUGGCAAUGCUAGAAGUGCCGACGCGUAUGGCUGCUGUUCCAUCUGUAUGAGAACUUCCAACUGCCGGGCAUUCUCGUGGAACAAUUACGAGGGUGGCACGUGUUGGCUUAAGAGCGCGAGAGGAACUGCUUUUCAAAGGACGGGGGUGUUCUCGUCAGUUGUGUAAGCAUUCGGAGGGUGCUUUAGGAGGAUGGAGGUUCAAUAUAUUGAUUUCAAAGUUG